CAGGGUGCUGCCCUUGUUCCAUCAUAUGAACAAGUGGAUAAAUCAUGAAUCACCAGUGAGGGCCUUAAAACUGAAGCCUCUAUUAUUUAUAGCAAACGGCCUAAUUUGCUCGUUCAGCUGUCCGUCGUCAUUUAUUUAAAAAAAAGGCAAGAAAAUCUAAUUUAACGCGUUAUUUCUUUAUUUUUUUUGUAACGUGGUUUCCCUAUUGUAGGUUUUAAGGACACUCUCUGCUACCCCUCCAACCAGCUUUAAAACUUGUACUUUCUUGUGUGGGAUGAUGGCCAACAACGGAGUACACCAGGCCGAAGAGGACCCGGCCGCAGCUUUCCUGGCCCAGCAGGAGAAUGAGAUAGCCGGGAUUGAGAACGACGAAGACGGGUUCGGAGCGCUGGAAGGAGCGGACGACCUGCAGCCUUCUCACCCGCACACGGUCAACUAUGAAGAAGAGUCCGCCACCAUGAAUGGAGACUUAUUUCAGUCUAAUGGGCCGACGGAUAGCUAUGCAGCCAUCGCCCAGGUGGAUAUUCAGAGGCAAGAGCCGGAAAGUUUACGCAAGUGGAGGGAGGAGCAGAAGACGCGCCUUGAAGCAUUAGACUCGGCUUCCAAGGCUGCAGAGGCGCAGUGGAGGGAGAAAGCCAAGAAGGAGCUGGAGGARUGGCAUGUGCACCAGAACGAGGCCAUGGAGAAGAACAAGGCCAACAACAGGAUUGCUGACAAGGCUUUCUACAAACAGCCCAACUCUGAUGUUAUAGGCUUUGUAGCGUCUGAGGAGGCGUUCCUGGCGGAAACGGACGGCGACAGCGCCGGGACCGAAUGGGAACGAGUAGCUCGCCUCUGUGACUUCAAUCCAAAGACCAGCAAGCAGGCGAAGGAUGUCUCUCGAAUGCGCUCGGUCCUCAUCUCUCUAAAACAGACGCCUCUAGCUCGCUAGACACUUCGCUCCGAAGGAGUUUUCCUCUUGUAACAUUGCCUUUUUUUUUUUUUUUUUACACAUUGCAUCAGAUUUGUAUGCCCUUUGCCGUGAAGUUUCUGGUAUGUAAAACCUUUUUAGAAAUUAAUUUCCUUUAUGGAUUCCAGUUUAUUAAGGUUAUGUACCUAACCCGAUGCUCCUGUAAGAAAACUGGUUUCCUGUUACAUCCUUUAGCUGCGUAGCUGUAUUACCACUUAUAUACUGAAGAAAAUAUUGUUACUUUAGUUAAAUAUUUUAACUUGUAAAUUUUUAUUUUAUUUUAACAUUAAUGUAUACCAAUAUUUUUAAUUGCCAAGUUUCUAUUUGUUUUAUAAAUCACCAUUUAGAUCCAACACUACCUGCAGAUUGUAUCUAAAACCAUGUUCAUCUUUAGUGUGUGAUUUCACUAAUUCACAAACUUUAAGUAGCAACAGGUUUGUCUUUCAUAAGCUUUGUGGCCUUUCUCACUUCACUUUGAGCAUCAAGCCAGAUGUUUGGGGUUUUUAUUUUCAAUUGGGUAAAAUCUCAAAGACUUCGAUUGUCUGAAUUUGGAAACCAGAAUUUACGUCAUCAUGCCCGUGCAUUAACACAUUUUAGAAAUGUUUCUUUAGAUUGCAGUGUCAGCGGUAAUGUCUGCAUAUUGUUCACAAGUUGCCUCUUUUGGACAUAAUGAAUAAAAACAAUGAAUGUUCCAAAGGGAGCUGGAAAUUAUUAAUAAUUUUAAAAAAACAGUGAAGUUUGAUUAGAAUUGAGAAUUUACCUGUAAUAUUCCCUCCUGCUGAGCUUGUUGCCAUUUAAUAAACCCUGAAAAGAAUCAUUUGAAUAAAA